AUGCGCACUUCUCGCACUUCUAGGGACACUGCGAAGGUACUGCAGGCCCUCUCGCCCCCUAUUCGACGACAAACGCGCAACUCAAAUGUGAGCGCUUUGAAAAGUUUCGCCCACAACCCAAACGCGACUUCGACAGUCAAGAUAGAGCCAGAAAAUGUCUCGGUGAUACCCAGUCUGUCUGCUGUCAAAAGUGACGAUGAAUCUUCCCUCUCUGAACUCUCCGACGCCGAUACGGCGGACAUCGAAGACCUCCUUGAACCGCCAUCGAAGCGUCAGAAGCGCAACGCGAGCCCCAUAAACACACGAGUCCUCAAGAAAAGUGCAAGUCCUUGCACACGCCGAAAAGUGAGAGUCAAAGAUGAACCCGACCAGAAACCCACACCAGCACCCAGACAAAGACGACUCCCGGCCCGCAAAACCCUCGGUGCCGAUGGCUUAGUCAAGGUCGAGCCCCCGUCCAACUGGGAAAGGAUGUACGGAAUCUUGAAAGAGAUGAGGGCAGCCAAUCCGACCGCACCGGUAGAUACAAUGGGCUGCUCGGAGCUAUACUGGCGUGCAUCAGGACCGAAAGACCGUCGAUUCCAAACCCUCAUCGCAUUGAUGCUUUCAUCCCAGACGAAAGACACCGUGACGGCGGUAGCGAUGCAACGUCUUCACACCGAGCUUGGAGACGGUACUGCUCCAGAUCAAGUUCAAAUCAAACAAGAAGACAGCGAAUCAAAAUCCGUGGACAGCACUCUCAACCUAACCAACAUCCUAGCUGUGGACCCAACGCGACUAAACGAGCUAAUACGCACGGUCGGCUUCCACAACAACAAAACAAAAUACAUCAAAGCCACGGCGCUAAUCCUACGAGAUCAGCACGGUGGAGAUAUCCCCUCUACUCCAGAGGGCCUCAUGGCACUCCCUGGUGUCGGACCCAAAAUGGCCUAUCUUUGUCUGAGCGCAGCAUGGGGUAAACACCUGGGAAUCGGUGUCGAUGUACAUGUCCACCGUAUUACCAAUCUCUGGGGUUGGAAUAAGACCAAGACGCCCGAGGAAACAAGGAAGGCCCUCCAAUCGUGGUUGCCGCCUGAUAAGUGGCAUGAGAUUAACAAGUUGCUUGUUGGUCUCGGGCAGACGGUUUGUUCGCCUGUUAAGCGUCGCUGUGGGGAUUGUGACUUGGCUGGCCAGUCACUUUGUAAGAGCGAGAUUCGGGGGCUUGAGCCUACAGUGUUGAAGGUCAAGAGGAGCCCUGGGUUUGAUGAGCCCAAGGUUAAGAUUGAGGCUCUUUGA